GGUUCUGAAUUUCUGAUUGUCACGCUAAACAUACAGUUGUUGGAUAGUCAACAGCUAGAGUGUAACUCCCACUUGUGUAAUCUGAAUACUAGCAUUGAAUACCUAACCGGUCGGGUCCGUAAAUUUUGGAAUUAGAUGCUAGCCAGUGAACAAGAAUAGCGUCGAAAUGAAGGCUCUCUUUUCCGCAUUAAUUAUUCUUUACGCAUUAAGUGGAAUUCAAACUCUUAAAAUUCUGAGUGUGUUUAGUUUCUGCGCUUACAGCCACUACACUUUGGGUUCUAAAAUUUCUGAAGAAUUGGCAAACAGGGGACAUAGCGUAACGUUCAUCAAUUGCUUUCCAAAGGGCGAAAGGAUUAAGAACCUGAAAGAAAUUUCUGUUGAUGGUUGCAAACCAAAAGUUGCAGAAUUCGUGUUAAAGUUAGAAGAAUUUGGGAAGUAUUCCUAUUUAGGCCAAUUAGAUUUCGUCAACAAACUGGGCCUCGUUUACACAGAUGAGGUUUUUAAAAUAGAAGAAGUGAAGAAACUAGUCAAUUCAAAUGAGAAGUUCGACGUAAUUAUAAUGGAACAUUUUCUUAACGAUGCCAUGGCUGUAUUCCAACACGUUUUCGACAGCCCUUUGAUAUAUUUAGCUCCCGGGCCCAUGACAAUGUUAAACAAUCAUCUAGUCGGAAACAUAGCGCCUCCUUCCUUUGUACCCAACCUUCUAACCGAUUACAAUACAAAAAUGAAUUUUUGGCAACGGCUUCGCAACACUUACUAUCACAUAGUGGGCGAAUUGUUUGUUAAUUUUAAAUUAUUACCAGCCCAUAAUAAGUUAAUGAAAAAACAUUUCCCAGAUGCACCCGAAUUAUCCACUUUAGCAUCAAAUGGUAGUCUUGUGCUGCUAUCUACCCACGUAAGUAUGUCUGACCCUGUCCCCCUUCAACAAAAUAUUGUACCAAUCGGCGGUUAUCACGUGUCCCCCCCGAAACCCCUGCCUGGCAAUAUCAAAAGGUUUUUAGACGAAUCUAAAGAAGGCGUUGUUUUAUUUUCCAUGGGAUCAAAUCUGAAAAGUUCCAACUUCAAACCGGAAACGAGGAGAGCCUUGCUGAAUGCGUUCUCGAAAAUAAAGCAGAAAGUAUUAUGGAAAUUCGAAACAGAUCUGCCAGAAAAACCCGACAAUGUAAUGAUAAUGGAUUGGUUACCGCAAAACGACGUUAUGGCUCAUCCUAAUGUUGUGGCUUUUAUAUCACACGGAGGACUUCUAGGUUGUACGGAAGCCGUUUAUCACGGUGUACCCAUAUUGGGACUACCGGUUUUUUGGGAUCAAGUGAAAAACAUUGAAGAUGGAGUUCGAAACGGCUUUGCACUCAAGUUGAACUUGAAUGAUUUAACCGAAGAAUCCUUCACCAAAACCUUAAAUGAAAUUCUAAACAAUCCUAGUUACAGGAUAAAUGCUAAACAACGUUCAAGGAUUAUGCGCGAUAGACCAGUAAAGCAGAUGGAUGAAGCCAUAUUUUGGAUUGAAUACGUUGCGAGGCAUAAGGGUGCUUUACAUCUUCAAUCUGAAGCUAUUCACCUUCGGUGGUAUCAGAUAUAUUAUGUGGACAUUAUUUUAUUCAUUAGCGCAAUUUUAGCCUCUUUGAUUACGCUACUAAAUAUUUUUAAAAAUCUACUGUUUAGAAGUACUGCUAAUAAAAUAAAAACCAAUUAAGGCGUGUCUGUUAGUUAUUAUUAAUUAUAUAACUAUUAUC